AUGGCACAAGACGAAAACGAGCCGCCCAGGCUGCGCGGUCCGCCGCCGGGAGCCACCGCGCCGCCCGACCACGUCAAGAACCCGCAGAUCUACGAGAUAUUCCACGGAUCGAAGGCCGAGGGCGACAGCGCGCAGCAGGAUGGAAGCACGCCCACGGGCGCGGAAGGGCAGAAGAAAACCCCGAACCCGACGUUCACGGACGGCCUACAGUCGAUACAGUCGACCGACUUCCUCAAUAUUCACAAGGUCCCGUGCGCGAGGGAGGGCUUCAUCACAGGCAUUGGGGCGGGCGCGGCCGUUGGCGUGGGUAGUUAUCUUGUAGGGGGUAGGAUACCGAGGGCUGCCAACUGGGCAGCCGGGACGUUUCUUCUCGGGAGCAUAAUACAAUGGGAAUACUGCCAGGCGCAAAGAAGGAAGGAGCGCGCUGCUAUGGCGAGGGUCGUAGAGGUGGUUGAUCGGAAGAAGGCCGAGAAGGAGGCAAAGGCGGCAGAAGCUCUGCGAUCGAAACAGGAGGCCGAUGAGAAGGCCCAGCAAGCCAAAAAGAGUUGGUAUAAGAUUUGGUGA